AUAAAUUACAACUUCCAACAACUAUUUCUUAUUAACACAAACAAACAAAACUCAUAUCGAUUUACAGUUGAUGUACUGAACAGUUCAGUGGAUUAUUAUUCGCCAUAUUCAAACAAUACUAAUCACAGUCAACAGUAGUAACAAUGAUCAUUGAAUUACGUCGUUUGGGUGUUAGUCUGUUAUGCUUAGCAGUGGGUCUGAGUAUUGCAUCGUUGGUAACAAGUCUUUGGGAUUGUGGAAAUUUAUUCUCAGGAUGUCAGAAUACUGUUCAUAAGGAGACUGUAUCAGCUGUUGCUGGCUUAAUCAUUUUAGGCACUGUAUGCCUAUUAAUCAUCAUCCUAUUGGAUGCGAUUGCAUUGUGUUCAGAUGUAUUCGCCUCACGUGCUGCUUAUACAACUGUACGUUUCAUCAUAUUAUACUUGGGUGCUGCAGCUCUCUUGAUUGGCAUAUUAGUGUACACAUCAUUAGUCGGACAUCAUUGGUCAUACUUCUUCGCAGUGACUGGAGCUGUACUAGCAACACAAGUGGCUAUAUUGGCAAUCAUGUCGUCAAAAUGUGUUACCGUUCGAACCACUACAACAACGAGAACAAUUCGAGAAAGUCGUCUGGCACAUCGGUAAACCAAUGACCAAUUCGUUUAUUUUGCUUUGAAACAUUCAACCAAUUUCCCACAUUUGAUCCUUUCUCUCAUUCAUGAUCAUUCUAUUUCUCUUGUGACUAAUUUAGCUUAAGCAAUAACAUCUAUUGUAUUGUAUAUUUGACAGUAUUCAAUGUGCAUGUUGUGUUGUUACAUGUCCAAUGAUUGCUUUACUGUGUGUUUUUCUAAUUUAAAUAUCAUAUUGAUAUAUAAACAUUGUAAUCGA